CACACGACAUAGUAUACAAUACUUAAAUUACAUUUCAUUCAAUUACGAGGAUUAAGUUAGAGGAAAAUAUUCGAUUAUCAUUCGCGCGUAUUAAAUUGACCAAUUCACUUGGAAAGCAUCACAUUUAGUACAAUUAUAUCGAACAGGGACAUCCUCGUAUGUAGGAAAUUGUUAGAUAUAACCGACAGAGGUCACUUUAAAGGGAAAUGUUUUGAGAAUUGAGAAGUGUCGAAUAUUUUCCAUCGAGUCCAACAAACCGUCCUUUUAUUUCUUAUUUUUUAUGCAAGUUAAUGGAGAUUUUCCUUAGGUGAGAAUAAAAAUGCACUUCUCGAUACCUGACAUGCAAGAAGUGAAAGAUGACAAUGGAUCAUCAUACGUCGCUUAUAACAUUCACAUAAAUGGAUCAUUUCAUUGUACAGUGAGAUACAAGCAGAUGCAUAGUCUUCAUGAACAGUUAAGAAAAGAAUAUGGGCCAAAUACACUGCCGUGCUUCCCUCCAAAGAAAUUACUGCCAUUGACUCCUGCUCAGACAGAGGAGCGAAGAGCAUUAUUGGAAAAAUAUGUCCAAUUAGUCAGUCAAGAUAGUAGAGUUGCUAGUGAUGACCUGUUUAAUGGCUUUUUGUUAAAUGCACAACAAGAAACACUAAAUGCUAAAGAGGAAGAAGUUGAUAUGGAUAUAUAUUUGAUGAAUUGGCAGAAAGUUUCCAUCCAUGUUAUGUCUAUUGAUCCUACAUCUCUAGUUUUAGAGGCAGUUGCUAAAGCCAUCAAUCUUCAGUUUGAUCUGAUAUGCUAUUUUUGUAUAUAUCUUAUCAAUAAGAAGGACAAUGAAAUUAUAGUUAAGCGACAAUUACAAGAUUUUGAAGCUCCUUAUCUGUCUCUUCAAGCAGCUGGUGCAGGGCAUUACUUAAUUAUACGAAAGAGUUAUUGGGAUUUAUCUUAUGAUGAUGAUUUACUUGAUGAUAGAACUGCACUGAAUCUUCUGUAUGUACAAGCAAUUAGUGAUGUAGAACGAGGUUGGACAAUAACUACUAAAGAAACUCAACAACAGUUGGCAGCUUUGCAAGCAAAAGGUUCUAAGAAAGAGUAUUUGCAAUUGGCAAGAACAUUAAAAUAUUAUGGCUACAUACAAUUUCAACCAUGUAAAUCAGACUUUCCACAACAAAACUCAAAAGUUAUUGUAAGUGCUGGAGGCCGUGAACUGAGUUUUCGUGUUCAGAUUGCUUCAGGAUUGAUAAAAGAAAUCAACUUCAGAGUCACAAGAAUAAGGUGUUGGAGAAUAACUACAUCUAUAUCUGAUAAAUCAAAAGAUUCAGACGAUGGUAGUGAUAUGUUAAAAUUAGAAUUGUCUUUUGAAUAUUUGGUUAACAAGGAUAAAUUACAAUGGAUUACUAUUACUAGUGAACAGGCUAUAAUGAUGAGCAUGUGCCUUCAAGGAAUGGUAGAUGAACUUCUUGUUAAGAAAACUGGUUCAAAGUUCCGAUGUCAGCCUGAAAGAACUAGAAGAGGUUCUUGGAGUUAUAUGAAACGUGACGGAAGCAGUCAUCAGUUAUGUGUUAGUCGAUCUGUAUCUAGUGAUAGCAUUGUACACGGCACAAAUGAUAAAUUAUCUGGCUUGUCUCUCAAAUCUCCAACAAGAAGUGGUAACGGAAGUGCCUCACCUAAAACAUUUGUUGAAAAUGAUGCGUUCGAAGGAAUUGGUGACGAAGACCUUUGAUCCUUUACGAUGACUUUAUUAUAAUUUCUUUUACAAAAUAUUAAAAAGUGCCAAUAAUCAUAUUUUAAUAUAAAAUCAAUCUGCAUUAUAAAUAAUAAAUAUUUUUUUGCAGAUUGAUAUUACUUAAUACAUCUUCCAGGUUUUACAUUUUUCAAAUAUAUAUUGUGUUUUACAUUUUUUUUAACUAUAGAAAUACCAACAAGACUUAAUUUUUUCCUCUUACUCAUUAUAACAUGAUUCCAAUUUUGCUUGCAUUCGAGCAAAAAUUUUAAAAAGCAAUCAUUUUAUUGGUACAAACUAUGUGUAUAAUACACAUGUAUAUACAGUAUAUAUAUCUAUAUAUAUAAAUAUAUAUAUAUAUAUAUAAAUAAAUAUACUCUGUUAAUAAAAUACAGGCAGCUGUGUACUUAGAUUUUAUAUGAUAAAUGUGUUACCUGCAUGAAAUAUUGGAAGUCCACACAUUCCAUAUAGUAAUGUCGCGUUUAUAUGUGGUAAACACAUACUGAUGUUAUAGAAUAAUUAACUUUGAAGGUUUUUUAAACUAUUGCCAUUAUACAAAAAUCAAUGAGUUGUUUAUGACAGCCAUAUUUAACUUUGUUUGGCCAAUGUAUACAUUUGUUAUGACAUUUUUAUGUGGUUACGGAAUCAUAAACUAUCUGUAUGCUUCGAAAAUAAUAGCAGUAUUUAAAAAUGCUGUAGCUUUAGUUUAAAAAAAUUUUAUGUUUGCAGAAGUGAAAUUUAUUCUAUUUGUUGCUAGUUUAACAUUGUAAUAUGAAUAACACUACGAGAGAGUGUCGUAUGCGAUAUUUAUGCUUUCGUGGGACGUAUUUUAUAUAUAAAUAAGUUUGGAAAUAAUCCACAUUAUUUAGUGGAAUUGUUCAGAAUUUACAUUCAGAUCAUGUUAUGUUAUAUUAUUAGCCAAUUCCAUAUAUAUUAUAUGUUAAAAGUAAUUUUUGAAUGGUGAAAAUGUUUUAAUUAAUCAGCAAAUUCCAUGACUGUGGCCAUUUAUGGGUUACGUUGUUAUUGCUUAUUAAAAGCAUUCUAUAAUAAAAGUUUAUUAUAAUAUAUAA